AUGACUGUAGAGGUGGGCAUGGCAUCCAUGUUGCGUCUGCCAACUGUGGCUGGCAUUAGAAUGUGGGCAGUUAACCUGAACAGGGAAAACGGUGGCCAGGAUGGCACAGCAGUAGCACUCAGAUCAUUCCCUGCAGAGCGCCUGCUGUGUGUCUGGCUGCUCAGGGCGUCUGGACAGACUGCAAGAAGCAAUGACAGUGGCCUGGAUGGUGGCCCAGAGAGCCUGUGGCAGGAGGAGCCCUGCAAGGUCCAGGCCAACUGGAGGCAGGAGGAUCUCUGGAAGUGUGAUGCCAGUCAGGGCAACAUAGUGAGCACCUUGUGUGUACCAUUGAGUGCAGACUCCUCACUGUUUGAUACAGAAGAGGAGACAACCAGUAGACCAAGAAAAUCCAAAACCAGGCACCCAGAAGCAUCCUUCCUCCACCUGUUCUUUCAGUGCGGUUGUAGUCUAUCUUCAUUGCCUGUAGUGGCGAUUAGCUUGCUGCUGUCAUGUGACUUUUGGGCAGUGAAGAAUGUCACUGGUAGACCAAUAGUUGGCCCACCUUGGUGGAAUCAUAUUGAUGAGGAUGGGCAGAGCCACUGGGCGUUUGAGUCCAGAAAGGCUGUGGUAGUCAUGGGUGUGGUGCUGCAAGGUGCCAACCUUUGUGGUAAUACGUGUAAAGUGGGCAGUAAGAACUAACCAGUGGCUACCUCAUAUCUUGGAGAGCAGUUCCUAAGACAAAACUCUGGGGAUGGCCAGAAGCCAUGA